GCGGGGACGGGGGAGACGGGGGGGAGCCUCGGCGGCGGCGGCCGAACCGACCGGGUCGGAUCCUGAGCCUGAAACUUGAAGCAGAGAGUGAAGAUAACUAAAAUCCAGUUUAUUGUAUUUCAAUACUAUGUCAUAAGUCAGGGUGAGACAGACAGACCCCCCACCCCCACCCUCAAACAGGGCUCCCACACCACAAUCCAGCCUCAUCCAGCCCUGGAUCAUGGUCAUCAUACACAGGCUUGCCAUGUUCUGGGAGGUUUCUGAACGUGAACCUGGAACCCCUUUCAUAUAAUUUUCCACUUGUUCAUCAAGAUGGAAAACUCAGAUUCUAAUGAUAAAGGAAGUGGCGAUCAGUCUGCAGCACAACGCAGAAGUCAGAUGGACCGAUUGGAUCGGGAAGAGGCUUUCUAUCAAUUUGUAAAUAACCUGAGUGAAGAAGAUUAUAGGCUUAUGAGAGAUAACAAUUUACUAGGCACCCCAGGUGAAAGUACUGAGGAAGAGUUGCUAAGAAGACUACAGCAAAUUAAAGAGGGUCCGCCACCACAAAACUCAGAUGAAAAUAGAGGUGGAGACUCGUCAGAUGAUGUGUCUAAUGGUGACUCUAUAAUAGACUGGCUUAACUCUGUCAGACAAACUGGAAAUACAACAAGAAGUGGGCAGAGAGGAAACCAAUCUUGGAGAGCAGUGAGCCGGACUAAUCCAAACAGUGGUGAUUUCAGAUUCAGUUUAGAGAUAAAUGUUAACCGUAAUAAUGGGAGCCAAAAUCCAGAAAAUGAAAAUGAGCCAUCUGUAAGACGUUCUAGUGGAGAAAACGCAGAGAACAGCCAAAGGCAAGUGGAAAAUCCACGUUCUGAACCAACAUUGGCAAGGCCAUCUAGAUCAGAACAAAAUUCAACUGAAGCAUUAACAGGAGAAGUUCCACCUACUAGAGGUCAGAGGAGGGCAAGAAGUAGGAGCCCAGACCAUCGGAGAACCAGAGCAAGAGCUGAAAGAAGUAGGUCACCUUUGCACCCUAUGAGUGAGAUUCCACGACGAUCUCAUCAUAGUAUCUCAUCUCAAACUUUUGAGCAUCCGUUGGUAAAUGAAACUGAGGGAAGUUCUAGAACUCGUCACCAUGUGACAUUGAGACAGCAAAUAAGUGGACCUGAGUUGUUAAGUAGAGGUCUUUUUGCAGCUUCUGGAACAAGAAAUGUCUCUCAAGGAGCAGGCUCUUCAGACACAGCUGGCAAUGGUGAAUCUACAGGAUCAGGACAGAGACCACCAACCAUCGUCCUUGAUCUUCAAGUAAGAAGAGUUCGUCCUGGAGAAUAUCGGCAAAGAGAUAGCAUAGCAAGCAGAACUCGGUCAAGGUCCCAGACACCAAACAACACUGUCACUUAUGAAAGUGAACGAGGAGGUUUUAGGCGUACGUUUUCACGUUCUGAGCGGGCAGGUGUGAGAACCUAUGUCAGUACCAUCAGAAUUCCUAUUCGUAGAAUCUUAAAUACUGGGCUAAGUGAGACUACAUCUGUUGCAAUUCAGACAAUGUUAAGGCAGAUAAUGACAGGCUUUGGUGAGUUGAGCUACUUUAUGUACAGUGAUAGUGAUUCAGAGCCUAGUGGCUCAGUGCCAAGUCGAAACACAGACAGGGCAGAGUCACGGAAUGGAAGAGGGGGUUCUGGUGGUAGUAGCAGUUCUGGUUCCAGUUCAAGUUCCAGUUCCAGUCCUAGUUCCAGUUCCAGUGGUGAAGGUUCAGAAACUAGCUCAGAGGUAUUUGAAGGCAGUAAUGAGGGAUCAUCAUCAGGUGCCAGGCGAGAGGGUCGACAUAGGGCCCCAGUCACAUUUGAUGAAAGUGGCUCUUUGCCUUUCCUUAGUCUAGCUCAGUUUUUCCUCUUAAAUGAGGAUGAUGAUGACCAACCUAGAGGACUCACCAAAGAACAAAUUGACAACUUGGCAAUGAGAAGUUUUGGUGAAAACGAUGCAUUAAAAACCUGUAGUGUUUGCAUUACAGAAUAUACAGAAGGCAACAAACUUCGUAAACUACCUUGUUCCCAUGAGUACCACGUACACUGCAUCGAUCGCUGGUUAUCUGAGAAUUCUACCUGUCCUAUUUGUCGCAGAGCAGUCUUAGCGUCUGGUAACAGAGAAAGCGUUGUGUAAUUAAGAUCCGAACUCUCGGCUGUGUAGCUGAUAAAGUGAUGGGCUAACAGGAAACUUUUAUGUCCACUUUUUGAGUGGUGCUUAAAUGUAAAGUAAUAACCUGAAUUGAGUCAUUGCUUUCCGAAGGAAUCAUUGUCUCAUCUCCAAUUUCUGUUCCAGAAUAAAAGGAAAUAUUUAAAAAGCAACAUUUUUGAGACCUAAAAAUCUGCUUUCAGUGCCAGUUGGAUUGAUAGCAUCUCUUACUGAUAUUUUACCAUAUAUACUUGUCAGUUUCUCCUUUGUUAUCUAAAAGAUCUGCCUUAGCAAUGGCUCCUAUCUGUUUCAUAUUAUCUUUAAGAGUUUCCCAUGCUGUAGGAGAGAGGGGCAAAGGAAAUUUGCGAUUUAGACUUAAGUUACAGUGUGUUUAUCAGAAGUGAUUAAAGCUGUAUCAUUCCCAGUUAUUAGUUGACACAAAUUCAGCCACAUCCUGAAUCUUGUUUGUUCUUCUUUCAGACUAGGUGAUACUGGACAUGUCAGUGUAAAUAACACUAAGGUUAGGAUCUUCUAAGUGUAUAACUAUCUCCUAAGCCCAUCACUGUGGCACACUGUAGAGUGAGCUUAUAGUUUAAUCGAGAUAUUUAUCUUGUGGAAAUAUUAAAAAAGCCUAUGCUUGUGUAAGUGGAAAAAAAAAUCACAUUUCAUUUGUUUAAAAAUGUAAAGCUAUUUUGUAGAGGCUCAGUACUUUUCCAAUGCACUGUUGUAUUAAUGCAUUAAAAAUUGUAAAGUACCAUGCUUAGAAAUGAGAAAACUGCUUUUUGUGAGCCAACAUAGGAAAAAUACACACCAGACAAAGUACAAAGCUGCUUUCAUGAGUGUGUAGAUGUCAAGAGCAGAACAUAUCUAUAAUAUUUAAUGUAUGUGAACAGCUACUGUGACAUGCAAAAAAGGACAGUGCAGAAUCAAACUGCAUUAAAAAACAAUAAGCAUUGUGUAUUUCAACUUGGAUUUAGGCAGGAUGUAAAAGGUGGGAAGUAUAAAGAAAACUGCUCUGAAGAGUUUAAAGUAAUAGGCAGUAAGAGGCAGAUGUGAACUGGUUUCAUAUAGUAAGAACAGCAGCUUGAAAGUGCUGUCCUAUUUGAAUAGAAGAAACAAAAUCACCAAAUUUGGCAGAACUUUGGUUUAAGAAAAACAAACCACUACCACCUAGCACAAGUUAAAUUAAUGUUUUAUAAGUCUGCUCCUCAAAAAAAAGGAAAGAGACUAUAAAUCACUUUAGCAUAAGAAUUUGGAGUGGUACAGUACAGAUGUAUGUGCUAAUAGGAAAAUCUUAAAUUUAUGUUGCUUUCAAAAUUUGCAUUUAAGGUACCAGUACACACUUGCUGAUAUUUCAGUACUGUUAACACAGACCUAACAUCUCACAUUUAGAGAUCAGUUGAAGAAUUAAGGGAUUUUAACCCUUUGUUGAAGGUGAGUCAUGUUGGGCUAUUUGGAAUUUAAGUUUUAAUUGUGCUGCCCAUAUUUGAAGAUGAGACUGCUGACUCGCUAUCUAUGGACAUGCACUUUAUGUUGUUUUCUUAGUAGUAAGAAUAGAUUCAUGAUAACCUCACUACUCUUGCCUAAUUUCUCUUUUGAGGCCCAUUGGGGUUAGGAUUAGUUUUUGACUGUGGAGCAGAUAUUUGUUUUUCUGGGAAAAGCUAACAGGCCACAGAAGGAUUGAUCAUGUCCUUGGCCUUUAACAAAAUGAGCUAACUACCCAGACAUUAUCAAAUACUCUACAAAAUAAAUCUACUUUAGGAACUAUCUGGCUACCUUCAUUGUUAUCAACUUAGCUAUAAAGGUUAUUUCAAAGCUCAUUCUUUCAUGUGUUCUGGCUUUCAGUCCUACCUAAGUAUCAAGGAAAUUUAAAUUGUAAAUAUGGUAGUUGUUUACUAAGGAUAUGUACUGCUCUUGCAAGAAAAUAAUGUCCAAACAAAGCUUCACUUAUUUUUUUUAAUAUAAGCAGAUUUCACUGUUUAUGGCGCUUGUGUAAUACAUUUUAUCUUUUUUAAAAGUUGUCCAUGUAAAAGUCAGGAUUUCUUUAUAUUCAUGAGCCUCCUUGUCUCCUUUCUUAAGGGUGUAAUCUACGGUUUUCAGAUCUGCAGGGUAGUCCUGAUUGGUUAGAAACAAAUCCUUUUUUCUCUUUGUAUAAGAUGGUCCAUUGUUACUGGGGUGUUUAUUUAAAAUACUUUAAAAACAACUACAGCACAUUCUAAACAUAAAAGAACUGACAACAACUCCCUAACCUCCCAAGAUGUAUUGCUCAUUUGUGAAGUAUUAAAGUUUAAGAGGUAACUCAAGCAAAAUGCUGGUUAUGAAUGUAGGUAUUGAAGUUAUUCAUAAACACUGGAAAUAGACUUAAGUUUUUAGCCUUCAGUAGAAUGUGCACAUAUUUGACAUGUACAUGCGAUCACCUUUAUCAAUAGCACUCACUAAUUUCCAUCAGAUUGUGUAGAAGGAAUUACAAAUAUUUAGUGGAAUUUGCUACUUAAUUUUUUAUUUUGUGAUGUCCAUGACCAAUACAUACUCAUUGUGGACAUUGAAGGCAAGGUCAUUUGUGUUAGGUGUACAGUGGAGAACAAAAUCCUGUUUUUCUGCACUGGCAUCCUAACACCUAUUCUUGAGGGAGCAUUUUCUUGCAAAAGAUUUUACAUUUCAUUUUGUAUCUUUGCACUUUUUCUUUAUUACAGAAAAGUUCUGUCUUUAAGACCUAGUUUGAACUUCAUGCAGUAAUAAGAAUAAAAAACAAUAUUGGGAGAUUACAUUGUUCAAAGCAUAGGGGGAAAGUACUAAAACCUAAAUUUCCUUGAAUAUUUCAGAUUUUUUUAAAAAAUUCACUUACUAAUCUAAUAUGUUUGAAGUGUUUUGUUUAACUCCAAGCAGCUGACAAGGUUGAGAUUUAUUAGUACUAGAAACCAAAUU